AAGCCCUUCACCUACCUCUCCUUCUUCCUCUAUAUAUGCAAUUACACAAUCCAUGGAUUCUUCUGAAUCUAUACUGCUUUCUGAAACUGACUAACCCCAAUUUCUCCUUCUUCUUCUUCUUCUUCUUCUUUCCCUUUACAACUAUAAUUCUCCUCUCUUGGCUCUUUAUACAAACGAACAUCCACUGGCAAAAUUACCUACUCUUUCAAAAUACCUGUAAACCAAAUGAUCUCUCAAAAAAUGCCUUCGAAUCCACCUAAAUCCUCUCUUUUGCUCCACAGAAUCAACAACACGGCCACCGCCACCGCCACUGCCACCACAGCUAAUAUGCUUUGUCAGAAAGGCUUUCAAAAGCGAUUCCCUUUAACAUCUGCCACCCCCGUGCCCGACACCGUCUCACGUUAUCACUUCCACUCCGUCGGUCCCAACCAGUUCUGCUCCUCUUUCGUCCAGCAGAUCGCUGCUCCCGUCUCCACCGUCUGGUCAGUCGUUCGCCGCUUCGAUAACCCACAAGCUUACAAACACUUUGUCAAGAGUUGUCACGUCAUCAACGGGAACGGCGACGUCGGUACUGUCCGUGAGGUGCAUGUCAUCUCCGGACUCCCAGCCGAGAACAGCACCGAACGCUUGGAGAUCCUAGACGAUGAGCACCACGUUAUCAGCUUCAGCGUGGUGGGAGGUGACCACAGACUCGCGAAUUACAAGUCCGUUACAACACUCCACCCCUCACCUACGGGUAACGGAACGGUUGUUAUCGAGUCGUACGUCGUGGACGUGCCACCGGGCAAUACAAAAGAGGACACUGGCGUAUUCGUCGACACCAUCGUACGGUGUAACCUCCAGUCACUCUCUCAGAUCGCCGAAAAUUCAGCAAGACGCAACGUCAACAACACCACGGCCCAUCUUCGUGAGUGAACAGUUUAAUCGUCUAUUAUUAUUAUCAUCAUUACAACACAUGAUCUUAGUUCUGUUUCCGACCAAUGUCUUUGGUAAUACGCCGUCGUUUUUGUGAGUAUCCGAUGAGAGUUGCCAAAAACAAUAUGUCGCUGCCCCAUUCAGCAUCAUAUCCGUAAUUUACCCUUUUUUGCAUUUUUUUUUUCUCUAUUUCUCUGUGAAUGUGUUAAUAUAGAAAAUUUAGUGAGAGUUGUAAGGUUUAUUGUAUUUUGAUUGGUAAAUACCAUAUAUUGAUUCGAACUUUAACACAAAA